AUGUCCCUCCCAAAGGCGCUGGGCUCGUCAAUUCGAAGAAUACGCUCGGUAAUAUUGUUAGCUUUGACCAUAUCCCUGCUGUUUUACUACACAUUUCAAAAUGAGAUAAACAUGCUCAAUUCCUUCGCGGAGAAUGAGUACAUCCCAUCGAACGUCUCUGACUUAACCGCUGACGAGCAAAGAGAUAUGACUGCUGAUGAGAAGGAUUUGAUUACUAAUGUUGAGUCUAGCACGUCAGAUCUUUCAAAUCCCGAUACUCUUAGAGAGAAGAACAGGUAUUUCCCUUUGUUACUUCAAGAUGCGUCCAAUGAUCCUUCUUUGCUGUUGGGAGCAUCGAAUAAACUUGACACAUCCGCUUUAUUCACAUACAAGGAAAAAUAUCCAGUGCUUAAUGAAGUAUCUUUACCUCUCACGUUUUCUUACUUAGCCAACGACUACCCUAGAAUUCAAACCAGCCAAUACGAAACGGGUGAUUUGCAGCGAAACGACCUUUUAUCAAAAAUACGACGCGUCUUCUCAAGCACCUGGGCCAUAGAUGUAUUGCCAAGCACGAUUUCUACUAGUAUUAGUCACGAAUGGCCUAUUUUGUUGGUCGAUUCUAUGGAUACAUUAUACAUCAUGCGCUUAUUUGAUGAGUUUGAGCAAGCCGUCAAAAUUAUAUCAAACGUCAAUUUCAAAAUACCUCCUGAGUCGAUUAAAGUCAUAGAUGUUCCAGAUUACGGGUCUAGAUUAUUGGGUGGCCUCAUCUCAGCCUACGAUCUAUCACAAAAUUCAAUUCUCCUCACGAAAGCGAUAGAUGUAGCAGAUUUUCUGUUGAGAUCUUUUGACACACCUAAUAGGAUCCCCAUUUUGAAAUAUGAUUGGCGAUCAAAGACAAGUAAUAAGUUCCCGUAUCAAAAUUCCCAUUCAGCUGGACUGACAAGUUUGAGUCUGGAAUUUCUCAGGCUUGCACAAAUAACACGCUCUGGCAAAUACUUUGAUGCUACUGAAAAGAUUUUUAGAACAAUAGCCAUGUCAAGCGACGAAUUUGCUCUUCCACAUAUGCUUCCGCAGAUUGUUGAUGCUUCGGGGUGUACCUUGAUUUCCAAGAAGGAUGUCUUGUCAGGCAAGCACCUUCGUGACUCAAAAGGAAUGAAAAGUAUUGAUCAAAAUUUAAAUUUUGUUCAUUGUCAUCAAACAGGUAAGCUACUCCGAACUGCUGCUGAUAAGAAGGGGCACCAAGAAAUUUUCGAGAUGAAAGCCCAGGAUCAUUCUUUAUAUGGAAAUUUGCUCAAAUCACUGCAUAUUUUGAAUGGAAAUGAUCUUAUAGCGAUGAAAGAUGCCCAUGUGGAUGAUAAUAGAAAAGACUCGGCUACCAGAAACAAUGGCGGCAGGCUGGAGAAAACCACAGAAAAUAAUUUGGAUAAGGCUGCUGCAAUCAAACAAAUUGUCACCAGAGCAAUGGAUCAAAUUAAUGAGUACAUGAGUUUCAACCCGCUCACCCCCCUUUCUGAAAACCUUACUUUCGUUUCAUCUUUGAAGGCUAUAAUACACAAGGCGCCUGCUUCUCAGCAAUUCAGCAUAGAGAUUAUAAAAAGUUAUGAUAUGCAUCACGAGAGAUGUUCAUUAGCUGGCACUUUGGGACUCGCCUCGAAGAUUGCUGACUCCGGCAGCUACAUCGAGAUUGCAAAAAAGUUAACCUCAAGCUGCUUCGAGCUAUUCCGGCUUUUCAAAGGUUCCUAUGUUGAAGAUUUAUUGCUGGAUCCUUGUGAAGCUCAACAAUGCUUAUUCAAUGUACCUGAAAAGUUACACAGAUUAUCUCAGAACUAUUACCAAGUAGAAGGAUCAGGAAAAAUUAAAAGUGGAGAUAGAAAGACUAUAACGACGGAAGAAGACAUUGAGGGAGGAGAUAUAGAAAGGACUUUAUGGUUUAGUGAAAGCCAAGGCCCUUCAUUUCUUAAUUUGAAAUCAGAUGACGUACAAGAAGAGACUCAAGAGUGGAAACAACACCCGUCAAUGCCUCUUUGGGUGAAUAAAAUGGGAAAAACCAAUAUUCUCUCAUCUACUCUCAUUGAAUCCGUAUUUUAUCUAUAUAGAAUUACAGGAGAGACAAAAUGGAGAAAAAUUGGAGAAACUAUGUUCAAAAAUACGCUGGAAAAAUUACAAGCUUUGAACGCUGGAGCCAAAGGCGUAUGGAAAGUAGAAGAAAUGCAUGAAGAUCUUGAGGGAAAGUCCUUAAGUGAAUGGUACUCACGGACACUGAAGUACUACUAUUUGUUGUUCUCUAGUUCAGAUGAUUAUACUUUGGAUGAUUAUGUUUUUACAUCAGGUGGGCACUUAUUGAAACGAGAGCCUAAAUUAAAAGAAGUAACGAAUUGA